AUGGCACGGAGAGGAACAGGCUUAUCAACACCCUUAACUCCAUCAUCUAUGUCUCAAUUCAAAUCCGCAGAGGAUUUGGCGGACUACUUGAAACAUUUCCGAGCUGACAACAUAGUGAAUGAUGCUGAAUUCAUUCGCAAACGUCUUGUUAUCGAUUCUGGACCUUGGACGGUCCUGGGACAGAGUUAUGGGGGGUUUUGUGCAGUUACUUACCUGAGUUUCGCUCCACAAGGUCUGAAACAAGUCCUUUUGACUGGUGGAAUCCCUCCAAUUGGAAACGGAUGUAAUGCUGAUGCCGUAUACCGAGCGUGCAUUGAUCAGAUUGUUAUUCAGAAUGAAAAGUAUUACCAGAGGUUUCCUCAAGAUAUUGAAAUUGUCCGCGAAGUGGUAAAUCACCUAGCAGAAUCUGAAGGAGGCGGGGUGCCUCUUCCAUCUGGUGGUAUCUUAACACCACGGGGACUACAAAUUCUCGGUGUGUCUGCUUUUGGUUUCACUGGCUUUGAAAGUUUGCACUACAUGUUUGAGAGGGUCUGGGAUCCUGUACUAGUUCCCGGAGCACCAAAGAAACUUAGCUACUACUUUUUGAAUGAUUAUGAAAGAUGGUUGAGUUUGGAUACAAAUCGUCUGUAUGUUCUUAUGCACGAGUCUAUUUAUUGUCAGGGCGCUCCUUCACUUUGGUCUGUUACAAAAUAG